AUGAAUGACAAUCAGCUGGUGGCCAAGGACCUCCAAGACGAGAAAAUUCUCUACCCAGAGUUCAACAAGCUCAAGGAGAGGAACAGGGAGCUGAAAACGCUGCUGUCCAUCGGGGGCUGGAACUUCGGCACACUGAGGUUCACCGCUAUGCUGUCCACAUCCGCCAGCCGGGAGAAGUUUAUCGCCUCGGUCCUACCCCUCCUGAGGACACAUGGCUUUGAUGGUCUGGACCUCUGCUUCUUGUACCCUGGGCUCAGAGGCAGCCCCAGGCAUGACCGGUGGAAUUUUCUCUUCUUAAUUCAAGAGCUGCUGCUUGCCUUCCAGAGGGAGGCCCAGCUCACCAGGCGUCCAAGGCUGCUGCUCUCUGCUGCUGUCUCUGGGGACCCGCACACCAUCCAAAUAGCUUAUGAUGUGCCCCGUCUAGGAAGACUCCUGGAUUUCAUCAGCGUCUUGACUUACGACAUCCAUGGGAGCUGGGAAGGGUUCACAGGACACAACAGCCCCCUGUUCUCUCGGCGUGGAGACCCCAAAUCUUCGGCAUACGCCAUGGACUCCUGGCGGAAGCUGGGGGCCCCCUCGGAGAAGCUCCUCAUGGGGCUCCCCACCUACGGACGUACCUUUCGCCUCCUCAAGGCCUCUGAGAAUUGGCUGCAGGCUGAAGCUUUGGGACCUGCAUCUCCGGGGAAGUACACCAAGCAGCCUGGCUUCUUGGCUUAUUACGAGGUUUGCUCCUUUCUCCAGAGGGCGAAGAGGUGCUGGAUUGAUUAUCAGUGUGUCCCUUACGCCUAUAAGGGGGAGGAAUGGGUUGGCUAUGAUGACGUCACCAGCUUCAGACACAAGGCAUUGUUCAUCCAGAGAGAGCACUAUGGGGGAGCCAUGGUGUGGACGCUGGACCUGGAUGACGUCAGGGGCACUUUCUGCGGCACUGGCCCCUUCCCCCUUGUCUGCGUGCUGAGUGACCUGCUGUUGCAGGCUGAGUCCAGUUCAACUUUUUCACCAAAAUUUUGGCCCUCAUCUGCUAUGAAUUCUUCAAGGACUGGCCCUGGAAGGGUGACUGUGACCAAGGCACUGACCACUGAUAUGGGGAUUUUGCUCCCAAGAGGAGAGGGUGUGACCACUGAGACUCAGAGAAAGACUGAAAAUAUGACUACAGUCCCCGGAGCUGGGAUUGUGACCCCUACCAGAGGAACUGCAUCCUUUGUAAACCACACAGCAGCUCUACAAGGGAAGACUGAUGAGACCCCUGGGGAAAAGACCAUGGCCCCCGUGACCCCUGAAUCAAUGACUAUGACCUCUGUGCAUCUUCAGACUGAGACCUCUGGAGUGAGGAUCAUGGUCAGUGGAAGGAAGGCUGCAGCACCUGUAAAGACGACAGUCCCCUUGGGAAAGAUGACGGUCACCCCUGACAGGAAGACGAAGACUCUAAGAGGGGAGAAUUUGACAUCUGAGCUGGACAUGAACCCCUGA